UUAAACCGGCUCACGAGCCUAUGUACCAACCUUAAUCAAACUCGUACUCGAGCUCAUUUAAUAUUUGAGCUUGAGUUUGAGCUCGAGCUUAAGCUUGUGGCUUGAUAAGCUCAACUUGUGAGCUCAUUAGCGAGUCGAGCUCGAGCUCGUUCAAGAGAGCUAGCUCAGCUCAUUUAUACCCCUAAUGACAACCAUCUAACACAAAAAUACUUAAAGUAUCUGUUGAAGAUACAAGUCCACUUUAAUAAGCACAAAUAGAAUAAGUUUCACUCAUAUUUAUUGACCUUGAUGCUUGCUCCAUUAACCACUUAACUAAUGUGAAGCAGUCAUUCUGGAUUCAACAACACCAAGCUUCUUCCUCGCAUAAGAAAGAGCCGAGAUUUUGUUCACGAGAGUUCUUGAUUAUUAUUUUUUGGUGAUAGCAUAAAGAGAACCAAAGCAAGUUCCACGAGAUGAAUGUUGGGCCGUGAUACUUGGAUCAUGUAUCCAAGAAUCACUUUCAAAAGGUCCUGUGGAUGGAUAAGCAAAUAUGGAGGCCAAAGCUCAUGGAAAAAAAUUAUUGGAGAAAGAAAAAUAUGACAUAUGGUGUGAGCUCCAUUAAGGUCUCGAUGGAAGAACAAUCGUUUGUAAAGGGUGCCAAAUUUAAGAAUAAUCUCAGCUCACAAAUAUUCAAUUUAUUGUCAAGCAUAUCGCUAUGAUUCAUUCUUAAAUGAUCUCUCUGCAUUAAAGACGUGACACUGUCCUCCAACCAAUAGUUUUUUCUCCAAAUGACAUCACAGGUAGAUGGUUAUGACUAAAGCCUUCUUUCCAGGUGGUUUCAUCGCAAAAUGAUACCAUUAAAUUACAAUCACAUUCAGAGUUUGCAAGUUCUUCAAUAGCUAAAAGUUUUUUUUAGUAAUUAGUAAUAUAGUGCACUUGGUAUGGCACAAAAACUCUCUGUUUACUAACGUCAACUUAAAUUUCUCUCUUUAGAUAAACAUACAUCUUAGGUUUACAAGGUUUCGUUGAAUGAAAUAACCCAUAGCUAUUGAUAAGGACCCUUAUGUCAGGUUCGGUCGAUUACCUUUGCUGAACUAUGCAAUCUUAAUCGAGUUCAUCAUCAUAAUUUUCCCACCAUCUGUUUUAAGUUUGAAGUUGUAAUUUUUCAACUCUAUGCUCAAUUUUUUGCUAUUAUAUUAUGUGCAUUCAGCUUAUGAAGUUAGCUUUAAUUGAAAUUUCUCACUUGUUAUUGGGAGGGGUAAUUAAUCAUAGGAGCCUAUGCUUAUGAGAAACCUAGAACCAGAUCAUAAAAGUCCGCACAAAAUGAGAACAAAAUAUCGUGAUAGUGUCUUAUCUUCAAUUUAAUCUACCUUCUGCAAAUUUGUCCCCGAAAAUACUCUAAACUCUCUCAAUUGAACUGGGGUGCAAUUUUUUGGAGGCAACAAAGGUUUAGCAAUUUGCCUACAUCCAUGGGCGACACCAAACUCAUCAUAAAUUUUUAGAAAUAGUACUUGGGACUUUUUUCAGGAUCCUCACACAUAUAGAGAAGCUAUUACAAGCUCAAGGAGUUGUUUGUGGUAUGAUUUAUAAGUGAGGUACGGAUUAUAUGAGUUUAUAUUAGAGAAUAGUUCAUUUUCUAAUAUUAAUGAUCAAAUUCUAUCAAAGACUUAAUUAUCUAGCAGUCUCCUUUUCGAGUUUAUAGUUGCCUCUAUUUAUACUUUGUGGUAGCUCCUCCUUAAAAAAAAGAGUCUGAAUAAUGUAUCUAUGUUUCCUUUUAUGUGAAAGAAAGAAAAAAAAUCCUAUUUUGUAAAAAUAAGAAACUACAAAGAAUGAAAAGAUUGAGGCUGAAGGAGUAAAAUUAAACUAGCUUAACUCCACAAAAUGGAGAUUACAUACCAUAUAUUGAACAUAGUGGCAAAGUCUAAAAUAAAUAUUAGAGAAUCCCCUGAGAUUUCAAUGUUGAUUUAUUGAUGUAUCUUUCACUCAUGCAACAACACAGGCACGGACUCCCCUUCAUAAAAUGAAUUGCCCUGCGAGGCAUAUGACGCUGAAGCACUGCGUCAAUUCACUCUUGUUUAUGAUGAAGUUUUUUGGCAAGUAUUGGUUGUAAUUUUUUUUUAUUAACUUUGUUAUCAAAGCAGACUUGUUGUUGGAAAGCUUUAUAGUAUUGCUCGGAGAUCAAACACUUUGCAGAAGAGAACCGUUUGCCCUGGCCCCUCUAUGGGGAAAUCAAGCAACUUUAUGGAGCCUGCUUCACUGGAUACUAGAAGACCCAAAGGAAAAGUUGUUUCUCCCAGAGAAGCUGGAAUAGUCCAAGGGAUUGUCGGAUCAGAUAAAAGAACUGCAACUUCUGUAAAGUCAGAUGCUUCUAAGAUGCGUGAGGCCACUAAGGAAAGUAGAGGCGGUGAAGGGCUACAGUUUCGUAACCAAAUUCAGUUUGGUGUUUGUGAGUGCAUGCACAAUAUUAAGGCUUGUGAUGCUAGUGCAAACUCUGUCCAUAGAUGCAAAUCGAAUAUUGAAAGAGAAGGUUUUGGCUUUUCUGUUUCUGAGCAUGGUGGCAUCCAUCUAAAAUCAUCAGUUGCUGUUGAUAGUCACGCUUCAAAAGUCCUUCAACAUGGUUCCUGCUGCCAUGAGGAGACUUCUAAUAAAGAAUCCUGGAAAUCCCCAACUGUAAGAAACCAUGGCCAGAAUUUAUGUAUUGAUGUUGUUUCAAACAGUGAUACUCAUCUUAUUCCAUCUGGAAAACCAAAAAGUUCCCACUGUUCAACAAAAGUUGGGUUUUUGUCUUCCUCUGCAAAUUCUUCAAAAGAAAAUCCUUCAUUUGAAUUCUUUGUGGUAUCUGAAGAGGGUAUUAACCUUUAUGUUGAUUUGAACUCAAUUCCAUCAGAAUGGAUCACAAGUUUGAAAGAUGAAGUAUGCAUCGAUCAGAGAUUGCAACAUCAAAGCUUAGGGUAUCUCUCCAACCCUGGAUGCUUUCCAGAUGCUGGUCAGCAUAUGAAACCUUCGCCAUCUGAAAAUAGUGAGCUAAACCUACAGAGUAAUGGGGUUGAAACAAACACGGGAUGCACCAACUCUUCCUUGUGUUCCGUGGUUAGUGAGAAUUGCCAAUCUGAGGUCUAUCCACUAGAUGCAGCAGUUGCGUCUUCCGGAUCUUUUAUUAUAACUGCAAGCAACAAUCCGGUUGAAACACCAGGGCAUUUUGAAAUAACUAGAGGGCUUUCCUCUAAUUGUAUUGAUUAUUCCAAUUUUAGAAACUCCAAGAUAGUUGAUGAUAUAUUUUCCUCCCAGGAACAAACGUUAAUACAUCAUGACUCUAUAGAUGAUUCUUUCAGAACAGUACAGAUCAAUCCUUCUGUGCGUGAUGUAUCAACAAAAUCUAAUGCAGAUGAAAUUCCACGUGCUGGUGUGACAACAGCAAAUAUUGAGACUACGGAGUGCCAUAGCCUUAACUUUCAAAAAACCGAUGACAAUCUGGAAGUUACAACUGAAAACAAUUCAGCUCUAAGUGUUUGUGAGAAAAAUAAUCCAACCGAAGUUGAUGAGAUAUUAGAUAAUUCAAAAAUUACUGACAUUGGUAUUGUUGAGAAUCAGAUUACUGUGGAACAUUUCAAGUUGGAAAGAGAGUCAAGAUCCAGCAACAUUGAAAGUUCAUGUCACCAUGGUAAACCAUCGGAUUUCAGUCAAACUGGAAAUUCUUUGCCUGAGGGUCCAGCCUCAAGAUAUGAGAAUUCGAGGAAAAGCAAUCUGCUGAAGAGGAAAUCAAAAUGUUCUCCAACAUUUCCGAAUGCCUCAGACAACAAAUUCUCCAAAAGAUCUCGUUCCUCAGAAUUUAAUGAAGUGAAUCAGAAGAAGAGGGAUGACAAUGUUGGUGACAACAAGAAUGAAACUUCUUCACCGCUAAAUACAAAUUCUUCAGUUCAGGAAAAUGUAAGUGAUUUGGCUGUUCUUCGCAGGCGAUCUUCGCGGCUUCUUUCAAAGGUUUAGUAAAAUAUUUAUGAGAUGAUAUUCCCAUCAUUAAUUUCAAAAUCUUUGAAUAUACUUAAAAAUGAUUGUAAUAUAUAGAUAAUUAAUAUUGCAUAUUUCCAAAAAAAAUAUUAAAGAUUUUU